AUGGUUAAACUUUUGGGAGCCUGCUUAGCAGGCGCGAUUCGCUUUGCUGCCCAGGCACUUGCGGAUCGCACCUCAUACCGACUUCUUUCCAUGCCUGUCAAAGGUCUGCUCCCAAGGGACACGGUAGACUUUGACGCCGAUGGUCUUAACUUUCUCAAAAUGAUGGCCGCCGUGGGAGACUCGUACUCCGCGGGUAUCGGUUCCGGGUCUCCGCUUGAAAGAAGCUAUCAUGAAUGGAACUGUCGGAGAUAUGAUCUAUCCUACCCCUGGCUAAUCAACCAAGAUCCCAGGCUCGGACCUCCAGAAAUGAGAAGCUUCCAGUUCGAGUCGAGCUCCGGUGCCGUGACACAGGAUCAAGUCAUCUUGCUCUCUGCUGGUGGCAACGACGUGGAGCUUACCAACGUCCUGAAUCAGUGCAUAUACCAAUGGGCUGCAUUCAACCCUGCAUAA